CCACAUGUGAUCGGACCUCACUUGGACGAUGGUUUGACACUUUGUGUUCAACACUCUAAGUCCUGAUGUGGGAUGCGUGUGAAGCUUAAUCUCACACCCCACACAGGCCAGCGACCUGCCUCAGGGCAUGGCUCAUAUCCAGCCCAUUUAGUCAUUCCUUAGCGAGGCCGGGUAAAACCUCCCUACGAGGUGUUGAAGAUUGUCCGUAACGAUAUUAUCGCGAGGCCGAGGUAAGCCAUCCACCGCGACGCACUCCUAUCCGUCUUCCACGACGCGAUCUCAUUUCCUUUUCCACGAGGCCAAGGUAAGCCGUCCACCGCGACGCACUCCCGUCCGUCUCCCACAACGCGAUUUUGUUUCCUCUUCUACGAGGCUGAGGUAAGCCCUCACCGCGAGGCACUCCAAAUCGUCCGCGAUGAUACUAUUCGCGAGGCCGAGGUAAGCCGUCCAUCUCGACGCACUCCUAUCCGUCUUCCACGACGAGAACUAUUUGCUCUCGGAUCUAAGGCGAGGGGUGCAUCAUUUGUGCCUAUCUCACUCACCCGAGUAGCUUUCAUUUGAAUACCCCGGUCUCACUAAGUAUGACAUCAAGGUUUGUUCUAGACCAGACUACUACACGAUCGGCGCGCUUCACUGAUUAGGCCUAUCUUUUGUCCGAGACUUUAGACUCAACUCAUACGUUGACUUACUUUUCUCGGCCGCGUGGUGAUCGGUUCGCCCGAGCCCGCGAGCGCCUUGUAUUCUUUUUGAACUUAUUUUGCAGGUUAGAAGGAUGAGAAGGCCAAGUUCGACCUCAGCCACCUCACGAGGCACCCACGCACUCGUCUCGUGGAGUACUUGAGCUCGGCCUCAUCCAUCUCGUGGGGGACUCAAGCUUGGCCACUCAAGCUCGGCUUCGGCCACUCAAGCUCGGCUUCAGCCACUCAAGCUUGGCCACUCAAGCUCGGCCUCGACCAUCUCGUGGGGCACUCAAGCUCGGCCUUAGCCACCGCGCGAGGCACUCGAGCUCGGCAUCGACCACCUCGUGGGGCACUCGAGCUCGGCCUUCAGCCACUCGAGCUCGGCCUCGGCCAUCUCAUGAAGGGGCUAGAGACUCCCACCGGAGCCGAGCAUGGACAUUACUCCCCUUCACCUCGGAAUUCUUCUUCGGCUUAGGGAGUGGGGGACUCCGGGUGCUCGGCUCAUGAUUGUUACAUCUCACAUGAGGAGAGGUUGGGGAUCGACAUCCCGACCUUGUAUCAGACCACAGCAGUCCGUGUUGGCAUGCACUCGUCGGCAAUCCAUUAUGUCGAAUAGCCCUCGACUCUGGACAACGAGUCCGGGGGACUUGAAGAUCACCUCUUCUGAGAUUCACACAGAAGACUUCACACCCUUACAAUGUUUUUCGUGGUUCACCUUGUAGGACGAGAUGUACUCUUUUCUUGACCUAGGAUUUUUUCCCAUCCUCAUGGUUUUUUCCUCGGCAAGUUUUUAAUGAGACAUCCCCCAUGGAGUGAGUCACACAUUGACAGGGUUGUGGGUGGAUCCUUGAAAACGACGAUGUACUUUGUAUGAGAGCAGAUCAUUGCAAGACACUGAGCAGAUUAUGUGUUUUUCUUGCUUUGCCGCUUCAGACAGCGAGUCGGCAGCACACUUCAUGCUGACUAGGGCGAUUUCUUUCACCAUGCUCGGGACAACGAGUUGGAGGUGCUCUAGAAACCAAGGAAGACGGUGUCCUUCCGUGGUGGAUUAUUGUUCUACUCCCACUUCACCUCGAGCUCCUCUCGGCUCGGGAAGUGGGGGACUCAUGAAGGAUACCCUGGACAGGGGGUAUCCAGUCUUUGUAUAAUAUUAGUCGGGUGGUCCAGUUUGUUGGAUCAGCCCGAUAGUCGUUCAUUAAUUACUUAUUUAGGGCGGCCCAGCCUGUUGGGCCGGCCCAUUGGUCUUUGUAUGUAAACCCUAGCCCUAACUCUCCCAUUAUAUACCCCUCUUCUUGGAAGAGAAAAGAAGGGAGAGGGAGCUCAUUCAACACACACACACCACACGUUCGGACUAGCACAAUAAUACUCGCAACUUUAC